AUGCGUCAAUCAUUGCGCGUUCUGGCUGCUAUGCUGAUGGAUCUGGCGAAGGAACUCAAGCGAUUGGACUCGCUCCAAACUACUGGAGAGGAGGUAGCAAAAGUGUCACAAUUACCUUUUAUUUCAUCACGGCUGAAGACCGGGCAAAUAGAAGACGUCUAUAAAAAUAUCGAAGAAAGAGCAAAGAGAAAGAAGAAAGACGGUCCGAGUCAGUGA